UUCUUUCACUCUACUCACUAUCAUUCUCACUAUCAUUCUCACUAUCAUUCUCACUCCUUUGCUCCAUUCGUGCACUCACAUUCUCUUAUGCUAUUUCGUAUCUAUCGUCAUUCUUUACAUUCCUUCACUUAAAUGCUUUUAUCACAUACAUCAUAUUACAUUGUGUGUUGAUUUCUUAAGAACUCGGUUGAUAUUUAUUUUACAACGUCCUCCUCAUCUCAUCUGGAGAAUCUCAUCCCACCGUCUCGGUCCCAGAUCCACCCCUCAUAUAAUGCCUAUCCUGAUGAUCGUUAUUCGCGAAAUUCACUCCCACUCCUCAUUGAAUCAAUCGUAAUCUUCUUGACACGAGUUUUCACCUUUGUUUUGUUUACAUUGACAAAAUACUCACUCAAUUUCAUACAACCACCACGAUAGCCUACAGCCACUACCACUGUGCUUGCAAAUCAAAUCCCACCUCAUCAAUAGCUACAUCGAUAGCUCGAAAAUCCCACCUUUCAAUCCAAGAAAUUGAAUCAUUUGCGCAAGGUCGAACCUCGGCCCAAUUGAGCUCGCCGAGCCACGAUUUGAAGAUCUGAUUUCAAGCCUUGUCCUGGACAGGAGGAUCAGACACUCCCCGCAAUGUCAGUAAUUCUAGGAAUUGGUUCUGUAGGAGAUAAGGAUAGCAAUGGCGAAUUAUCACUAUCAUCCAACACACUGAGUCGUCGCAUUCGUCCACCACCAAUAAAUACAAGUAGCUUGGAUGAAGGCAGAGUUCCAUUGAAAUGUCCAAAAGUCCAAAGGAAGGAGUCCAAAGGUGGUCUUCGAGGAAUGUUCUCUCGUAAUAAAUCCGAGAAGAUUGCGGUAUCGCCAGUUCCUGAAGGAAAUAAAUCGGCUUCACCACUCACAUCACCAACACCACUUUCACCAAAGCUAAUGAGUCCCAUCACAAGUCCAGUAGCGGACAGUUUCUUCCGAAAGUUUGGUGCCGGCAAUGCAACUGAUUUAACCUCCCCUACCACACCUGCUACACCAGGGAAUACCACUGGGACCCCAUCACGUCUGAACCUAAGAUCCAAAUCAGCCAAGGAUAGCAAAACUGCUGCCAAGCCUACACCGAAAACAAGCCCAAAAGCAUCAGUGUUUGAUCCACCACCAUUAUUCCAAAGUUACCCUCAGUCUGUGAAGCAUGCUCGUCUUUCCGCCUCAACUUUAUCAGCAGAUGCAAUUAUCCGCAUGUCUAAUCACAAAAGGAAUAUCAGUAUCCGGGACGAAAUAGCACAAACAACCGAGACAGGGUCAGAUGAGAAGAAGACAAUAAUCAAACAUAACAGACGUCGAUCAGGUUCAAUAUCGAAAGGUGAAUGGACUCAAAAGAUUUUCGUUUUGGUAACUUCUGGCUACCUUCUACAAUACUCGGGUGAUGGAAAUUUUGACCGACUACCUGAAAAAAUGGUCCAGUUAGGCAAGGAGUCUGUUGCUUUUGCAUCAGAUGUUAUUCCUGGAAAACAUUGGGUAUUACAAGUAUCUCAAUCAAUGAGCGCAGAUGGAGUCCCAACUUCAGAUUCUAGGUCUUUAUUAUCAAGACUUGCGUUCAGAAGUGCAGAUUAUAGGAGGAACGCAACUAGCCUUUUACUUGUCUUGGACAGCGCUGAAGAAAUGGAUUCUUGGAUUGCUGUAUUAAGGAAAGAAAUAGAAACACUUGGAGGCAAAAAACAAAUUACAGAAAUUGGGACUGUGAAGACAGAUGAAAAAACACCAGAGUUGAAGAGUCAACCAAGUCAUCGAUAUCUUGUCCAAAGAAGAGGCUCGGAUCAAGCUUCUAACCCUUGCUCGCCACAUCAAAACCCUUAUGAUCGCCGUGCAUCAUGGCAGCAACCAGAAGGGCAAGUUGUUGGAGAAUUAGCUUUACCUUGGUCAACUCCUCGUGAACGCCGUCCUUCUUGGCAGAAACCGGAAGGACAGAACAUUGACGAAAUAUCCCCCACUGGCUUCCUUCCACCUUGGUCACUAAACGAAGCACAAAGUGAAGCUGCGAUCAGACCAUUAACCGGAUGUGGAUCAGUGACAAAUAGUUCUAGUUCAUAUGAACAUAAUUUGGAAGGUUUGAGAGAUAGCAUUAACAGAUUAUCCUAUUGCUCAUCCGAUCAACGUACACGCAUUUCAUCUCCAGCAACGUCGCCAGCUCGAGAUAGUACAUCUACCAUGGAAGAUUUAUCACCUUUGUCCUUGGAGACAAUCCGAGUGAGGCCAAAUGCCGCGGAGAUUGUUGAACGUAGAAGGUCACUUCAAGCACUUCAAGGGUCGCGGGAUCCUAUACCUCAGAUUUCACCCCACCUUCACACUCCUCAACAAACUUUUCGACACUCAAAUUAUGGUACAUGUACCCGAAUCAUGAGAAGCCCAUCACCUGGAACUCCAAAUUUCAGUGUACCGGUCUCUUCAAGCAAGAGGUUUUCGACUAGGAGCCCAGUCCCUGAAAGAAGACCAUCACUUCCUGCAAUGAAUACAACUAUGGAAGCUGAAAAGAGAAGCAAGAAGGGACCUCCAACGGCACUUUCUGUGACUCGACCGCUAUCCCCCGUCAUGGACAUAUCAUCACCAAGACGGGUUCUAAUACCUGUUACGUCUAUGGAAACGUCACAUCGGCCAGUUGCACUGAAUAAAUCAUUGACCAUUGAUAUUGGAUCACGUUCCCCAGGAAGGUCUCCUAUCAAAAAGCGACCAAGCAAAGAACUAAGAUCUACUCGACGUGUCUCGAGUUUCGUGCCAUCAGAUAAUACAUUAGAAGUUCGGAGUAAAGAUUUGCGUCGCCAUUCAAGCAUGCAGGCAGUUGGUCAAACCACGUCACCUCUAGAAUCAAAUGGUUCCUGUGCAUCUAAAUUUCCUGAACUACCUUCAACAAAUUUGGCUCAUGAUGAAUCCUUCGAAAGUAUAAGAGAAAGUGACUGCGAUUCAUUACCAACUCUUCAAGAAUCUGCACUUCAAGCUCAACCAUUACCAACACUUCCCGAAUUUCCCAUCAAACAAAACCCACAGCGUCGACCAAGAAGUAUGCUCGCCUCUUCUGGCCAACAAUCAACUAUCGCUGAAGAUUUAUCCAAUACCCCACGUCGCAAGCGGCCUUCUUCAACUCUCGCUCCUACGACUCUCUCUCCUACCCUUAUUUACAAACCAAGUCACUCUGAUGUGGAACCACCAAAAUCUCGAUCAGGAAGAUCUGUUUCAAACAAAAGAAGUUUGCCAGCUCUUAUGCAUGGUGCUCCUCCAGCUCCUCCUCCAGAUUGUGCUUUACCUCCUUUACCUCCUGGAAGUGCUAGGAUUAUAAGUCGGAAAAGCUCGAGUACUCUUGUGAAUUCCAAAAGGGACAUUGGAGUUAGGGUUUGAGAUUGUAUCUCUUUUUUUUUUUCGAAAUUCUUCUCAGUCCAUGAAUGGGAUGUACUGAGAAUUUUCAUUCUAUUACAACGUUCAAGAUACCACUUUUUCUCCUUCCUUCCCUACAUUCACUUACUUUCUUUCAACCUUAACUCUUUCUUUCCUGUAUCAUGUUACAAUUAUACCAUUCACGUUUUUUUCUUCUCACGAAAUAAACAUAGCGCAGCACGACAGGCUCUUUCUGCAUCUUUUUUCUUUUUCUUUUUCCUCUUUUUUUCCCCUCAAACAUACAUUCUCAUGAUUAAUACUUAGAUAACUACAUUCACAUACGAAACGAAGAUGAGG